ACUUCUUUCUCUGUAACUCAGCUAUUGAAGACAGGAAUCAUUAUCUUUUUUAUGACUGUCCUAUGUCUUCUCGGGUCAAAUAGUUGUGUCACGUCUUCAUCCGAUUUUGAGAGGUCCUGGUGACUGGGAUAGUGAGAUUACCUGGACCAUCAAGUCUUAUAAAGGGAAAUCUCUUCCUCAGCUUUUAUUCAAACUUUCUUGGGCCGAUUUCCCCUACCUGGAAUCCUAAUUUGUUGUUUAAGUGACUCUUCGCAUGUAGCUAGUAUUGAUGUGAUGCUUUCGAGGAUAAAAAGGCUGCGCAGGGUCGUUCACUUGAAUGCUCUGCUAUUGAAAGUAAACUUUCCCUCGAUAUGUAUAAGUCUCUGGGCAGGAAUUGGUGGUGUUGUGCAGCUCAUGACCUUGUAUGGGGUCUUGGUGUUGUGUAACUCAUGAGUCAUGACCAAGUAGCAGGAUUGCUACAUGAACAGUGAAGCCCACCAUCCGUUUUAGAGGUAAUGAAAAGAGAAUAGAAUUUGCCAGAUCAAAUGUGGAGUCCCAAAUCAUUAUUUGCUAGAAAAGAUUCCUGUGCCUAGGUUCACAAAGCUCUCUCAUACAUUUCCUGGAUAUCAAGGAUCAUUUCCAUAACUUAGCCACGACGUACAAGUACAUAAUUUGCUCUUAAUUGCUGUACUUGUUAAAGAAAAAGAAAUCUGCCAUUGAACACGAAGCUGACACAGCCAAAAAAAUUUUGUUGCUUUCAGUGGAGUGAGUGACAUGGCUUGUCUAUUAGCAAACGAAUAAAAGGGAAUAAUCUCAAUCGAAUCAAUCAAACCCUAAAGCAAUUGUGUGACUAUGUUGUGUUUAUCGAAGGCAGGUUACAUCUGUUUGGUAUAAAUUAAGAAGUGUGAGCAAGUUUUCAAGAAACCCCAAGCAAGUACGAUUUUGAUUGAGGGAGAGUGCACCAAUGGAAGUGUGGCUCAGUUGGAUUCUGGGGCUCAUUCCAGUUCUAGGUUGGUUGUUGUGGUGGUGGAAUGAGAUUUGGUAUGCAUUGCCGGUCGAGCGAAGAUGUUCUGUUGCCGGUGUGAAGUUGCCGCCAGGAAACAUGGGGUUUCCCCUCUUCGGAGAACUCUUCACCUUCCUCUGGUACUUCAAGAUUCUUCGCCGACCAGACGAGUUCAUAAACUCUAAAAGACAAAAGUACGGUGAUGGAGUAGGACUGUACAGGACUUACCUCUUCGGAUCGCCUUGCAUCAUAACAUGCUUCCCAUCAGUGAACAAGUUUGUUUUCCGAGCUGACGAUGCAUUCAUCCUGGAAUGGCCAAAUGCUGAGCUUAUGGGUGCCACCUCUGUAGUGAUGGUUAACGGAAAGGCACAUGCCAGGCUCAGGAGCUUUGUCUUGAAUGCCAUUAACCGACCUGAUGCUCUUCGCCAAAUAGCUGCUUUGGUACAGCCUCGUUUGGUCAGUGCCCUUGAGUUGUGGGCCCAAAAAGGCAGAAUCUUCGCUUACCAUGAAACUAAGAAGGUUACCUUUGAGAACAUUGGGAAACUGUUUGUGAGCUUUGAGCCAGGGCCGCAAUUGCAUAAGAUCGAGCAGUUACUUCAUGAUAUGGUUAAAGGGAUGAGAGCUCAGCCGCUCAAUUUCCCUGGAACUGCGUAUCACCACGCUCGGCAGUGCCGGAAGAAGGUCGAGGCAAUUUUUAGAGUAGAGAUAGAGAAGAGAAAAAGCCGAAGCGAAGAAACUAUCACCGAUCUUUUGGACGGGAUAAAGCAAAUCAAAGAUGAGGAAGGCAACAAACUAUCUGACCAAGAAGUGCUAGACAACAUCAUUGCCCUUGUGGUCGGCGGUUAUGAGUCCACUACACUUGCAUCGAUGUGGGCUAUUUACUAUCUUGCUAAGUAUCCCAAUGUUCUGAAGAAACUCCGGGAAGAGAACAUGACCAUCAGCCAGAACAAGAAGGGUGAGUUCAUCACAAGUGAAGACAUCUCGAGCAUGAAAUAUACUAACCAGGUGGUGGAGGAGACAAUAAGAAUGGCCAACGUUGCAGCUUUUAUAUUCAGAUUAGCCACUAAGGACGUCGAUUACAAAGGUUAUAGGAUACCAAAAGGAUGGAAAGUGAUUCUGUGGCUCCGAUACCUCCACACGAAUCCAGAAAACUUUGAUGACCCCAUGUGCUUUAAUCCUGAUAGGUGGAAUGAAUCUGUGAAGUCAGGUGCAUACCAAGUGUUUGGCGGAGGAUCAAGAAUCUGCGCAGGAAACAUGCUAGCGAGGAUUCAACUGGCGAUUUUGCUUCAUCAUUUAUCUGUAGGAUACAAGUGGGAAUUGCUCAACUCGGAUGCUGGUUUCGUCUUUCUUCCACACCCUGCACCAGCUGAUAGAGUCGAAGUUAGUUUCAGCAAGCUAUGAGGACUGAUCCUGACUACAACUCAAAACUGCGCUAGGCUUGAAUAAUUGAGUCAUGUUGUUCUCAUCAUUUGUAUGCUUUUAUCUUAUUUUGUUUCAACCAAAGUAUUGUGGAAAGAAAUAAUUUGAAAGUCCAACUUCCACUUCGAA